UAUUUUCACAGCAGAGUCAAUCUCUGACUCGUUAAAAGAACUUGCAGAUCAUUGAAGGGUUGUUUUUUCUUGCGAUUCUUAUCUCUUUCUUGUUUUAAUUUCUUUAUUCAUAAUAGCAAAUCAAAGACUGUCAUGUCGAUGGUAUCACGGCUUCCCAGUGAUCGAUUUUACCCUACUGAUGCAGAGUUGAUCUACUUUCUGAAAAAGUUUUUGAAGGGCGAGUCUUUGCCCAGUGAAUGCCCUAUUCGACUUGGGGAAAUCUAUGGAGACAGGCCACCAUGGGAGAUUUCUGAUCAUCCUGAAGAGAAAAUUGCCUACUUUAUUUCUCCUUUGAAGAAGCGGAAGGAAUCACAUAAAAGGUUUCGCCGAACUUGCGCCAACGGGACAUGGAAAGCCCAAACCGGCGGUGAUCCUAUCAAGAAUAGUAAGGGAACUGUUGUGGGAUUCAGAAAAAGUUAUGUUUAUCGAACUAGGAGUAGUAAAGGAUCAAAGCAAGAUAAAAUCAAUUGGUUGAUGAGAGAAUAUUACGUGGGGGAUGAUUACUUCUGGGAAAACAAUAUUCCUAAACAAGAUAUUGUUCUCUGCCGAAUAAAGAAGAACAUAACAGAGAGAAAUAGGAAGAAUGGGGUUAAUAUGGAGGAACAAGAAGUUGCUCAAGUAAUAGAAGCUAUGUUGCGUGAACCUGAUCAGACUAUGAAGGCAGAGUAUGCUGAACAACAGGAUAACUAUUUGAGAGGACUUAACAAAAAUAGCCAAAUUUUGACCACUUAUGACAGAGGUGAAGCUACAUUGGAGAAUCAUGGGGCCAACACCAACAGAGUGUACGUGAUGACAGAAGAAGCAAAUACAGCAGCGAGCCGACAAGAAGAAGCAUAUGGUCAAUUAUCCUUCCCUGGAAUUCAUGAGCAAUAUUGUGCUGAAGCUGAUCUUAACACAGAUAACAGUGACUUCUCAGAUCUUAACGCAGAUAACAGUAACUUCUUGGAACUAACACUAAUGAAUGGAAUAGAAGACAUUGUUCCAGAUGAUUGGUGGUACCAAUUCUACUAGAUAGAUAGGCAUGUAAAAAGUUAACGUCUGAUAUUUGUUAGAAAUUUUUUGCCCAACUGAAUGUUAUG